UCAUUCGGUGGUCUCUUCGCAUCACUGCUGAUGACUCCCAAUCUGUGCGAAGACUGGACUCUAUUGGUGUCGAAAUUGAAAGAAACGAUUUUCAUGAAUAAGAUCCGAUUCAGUGAUCACUCGAAGGGUCGGCACUCCAGAGACCAGUCACUCGAGCCAUCGCUCACUCGUGAAACGGCUUUUGUCGAUAAGAACCCAUACUUUGCGGCAAAAGUGACUCAAAUUGUGACCAAAAGUGACGAACAAGUGAUCAAUAGAUCCGUCAAUGAGUUCGAGAAGUGUUUCAAUUGUUUUGAGACUCAAAUCGGCGGACACCGAUUGCUAUUAAUGUCGGAAAUGGAUGCCAUCGACGAAGAGGACAAUCAGUACGACAUUAAG